UAUCGAUCAUCUUUAAAAGAUUGUUAUUCCAAAAUGACUGAAAAUUAUUCAACCAGUUCAGACUAUGUGGAUAUUCACGGUCAGAAGCUGAAUGUUUUGAUUAAAUCAGAUGGAGCAAAAUUUAUUCCUUUGCACGAAAUUCGGAAAACUGGUUUUCAUAUUUUUCCCGAGGCAGAUUAUAAUCGAGCAUCUGUUGGCAAAAAGGUAUUAUUAGAUGAACUCCGGUUAUAUUUGUUAGGUGCUGCAAAAGAGUUUGUAAUACAAAGAAAUAUUCGGUCCAUUAAUCAUGAGGAAAUAUACAAAACAAUUGACGAGUGUCAUGAUAAAUUAUCAAAUAAUGGUCCAACUCAACAAUCUUCUUCAGGAGUUCUCGGAAGGAGGUUAUUAUCGGAUCCUGCUGAAUUCAGGAAAGGACAAAUACCAAUGAAUCAGUCUGUUCUGAAUUCAUCUAAGUUUGAAAAUGUUGGAGGUAUGCUUCAAAAUAAUAAGACAACUAAUUUCAGCAACAGUGAUUCUGCAAACUUGCGACUACCACAUACUCAAAAUGGUUACUUUAAUCCUAAUAAUUUAGAUAUUGGUGACUCUACUAAAGCUCAUUCAAAUUAUCCAAAUAAAAUGAAUUUCCCAAACAAAUCAAACUGGAAUCAGAGGAACAAAACUAAUCCAAGUAAGAAUCUAAAUGAAAAUAACUCAUCACACAGUAAAAAAACCGCAUUAAAGACAAAUUGUGAAUCCAUAUCAACCAGUGAGAGUGAAGAUGUAGGUCAACACUUUGUUAGAUUAUCUGCCCUCAAAUUGGAAAGGAUUAAAUUGUUGCCUGUAAUGCAAGAAGUUAAAGUUGUGUAUGUUGAAUCAAACAAAGAAAAACUGAAAUAUUGGGUCCAGUUUGUAGAAAACGAUAAAAUAAUAAUGGAUAUUAUGGGAAAAUGCUACGACCUUGCAGAUGAUGCACCUGUUGUCAAACCAAAAUUGAAUGAAAUUUAUUUAGUCAUGAAUAAAGAUGAUGAACUGUGGUACCGUGCAAUUGUAGUUAAAGUUCAGCCUACAAUUAAAGUACAUUUCAUAGAUUAUGGUAACGAUGCAUUUGUAUCUGAAGUUAGAACUAUUCCUGAUGAAUUAAAAACAAUACCAGCUCAAGCAGUUAGAAUAUGUUUAUCACGACCUGAAGGUGCUAACCAACCAACAUUAGAAAUGGACGAAAUUAUCUCGGUAAAGCUCAUCAAACAGUUUGAUGACACCACCAAUUUAGUUCUGAGCGCCAAUAAGAAAACUGCUACUGCUAAACUUCAAAGUCCUUCAGAACCAAUAAUUUUGGGAGAUAUAAAAUAUACUCAGGAAUGGGUGCAUAAAGAUGUUGUGAAAAUAGUUGCUCAUUCAGGUGGAAAACUAUAUUUACGCAAUAAGGAACAUCAUGGGAAAUUAGUGGAAGUUGAUAUGGAAAUAAAUAAUUGGACAAGGGAAUUAGUGAAAGAUGUAGUUCUUGGUCAGGUUGUACUCUGUAAAAAAGAAGGUUCUGAAGAAAAAUUAUGUCGUGCUAAAAUUGAAAAUGUAGAAAAUCCUUUUGCAACUGUACAUUAUAUAGAUUACCAUAAAAAUGAUAAAGUGUUGAUCAAAAACCUAUAUGUUGCCAAUAAAAGAAUAGCGAAUUUACCAGCCACUCUUAUCGAAUCCCCCACCAUUAAGGAAUUCAUUUCUAAUAAAUUUGAUAGCAAUGCUGCAUCCAUGCUAGAUGAGAUGAUAACCAAUAAUGUUAAGUUUACUGUGGCUGCAAGUGGCUCCGAAUUUGAUUUAUUCCUCAAGGAUAAGUCUUUAUCAGAAUUGAUAUAUCCUAAUACAUGCAAAAUACAGUCAACACAGCAAUUAAACAAAGUAUCAACUGGCAAUGUUCAAGAGGAAUCAAAAUCCAAAUAUAUCAAAGUAUUGUUUGAGGAUAUGAAAAGCUAUGAAGUCCCAAUGGGAAAAGGCGAUUAUAUGUUGACGAAUUUCAAAGAUGCUACAGACUUCACUGUUACUUGUACUGAAGACAAAGAAUCAGAUCUUCUCAGCAGGUGUACCUGUAUCGAGGUUACAGACACAGAUCCAUAUGAGCCGGACGAUUCUGAAAUGGUUUUAGGGUAUUUUGAGGGUGGUUGGUACAGAGCCUUAGUUCUUGAGAAAUCUGAUAAUGGUAUUUAUCAAGUUCUUUUUGUGGAGUAUGGAAAUAUACUGGAAAUCACCAAAAAUGAGAUAAGAAGGUUUCCUGCAGAAUUUAAGGAUAUACCUUUUCUGGGACUGUCCUGUAAAUUAAACGUUGCAAACACAGAAAAAGUGAGGCUUCGAUUGGAAGAAUUACUAGAACCAGAUAAUAUUUAUGAAAUUAAUUUCAUUUCCUACUCAUUGGACACUCUCCAAUACACUGUGGAUAUACCAAAAAUCACAGAAAUUUUGAAAAAGGAAGGAUUAAUGUAGAAAGCUGAUGUUUUAUUUUCAUAGAAAUAAUGUUAUAUUUUUAACCUUGUUUCAGAGAAUUCGUUUUAUGUUUUUCACUAAUGUUAUACAUUCGAUUUUUUUAAUAAUAAAGUCAUCUUUUGUAUUA